AUGGACACGAAAACGAAACCAUUUGAUUCGUUUAAAGCUGUUUAUAAAAUUUUAAUAUGGACAGGAUUUUAUAUACGUCCGUAUGAACAGAACAGUUACCCAAACCAUGCCACUAAUCUUCGGAUAGAGUGUCUGAUGAUAGAAAUACCUCAACUAAAUUUAUUUGUGAAACUUCUCACGUUUUUAGUAUACAGUUCAAGAGUUGACAAGAUUAACGAAGUACUUAAUGAUCCAAUUUUUGCUGCAAACGGAAGAGAAAAUGAGAAAUAUUUGUUGAAAAAUAUUAAGGAAAUGCAUCGUCUGUCAAAAAUAAUGAACAUAUUCGUAACAAUCGCGGCGGUGUGCUGGCUUGCGUCGAAUGUUGUUCAGAGGCUCAGGGAUGAAUCAACUGUAAUCCCUUUUUAUGUGCCAUUCAAAACUGACACCUGGUCUAAGUACAUCCUUCUAUGUCUAAUACAAAAUAUAUUGCCCUUAUUUUGGGUAGGGUAUGGCCAUCUAUCAUUAGACUGUCUGGUUACAACUUAUUAUGCUCAGGCUCAAGUGCAGCUGAAGAUGAUUAAACACAACUUGAAGCAUUUGUUUGACGAGACUAGUUUGAACAAAUCCAGUGGUUUAUACGACGAUGUGACUGAAAAGAAAUUGUAUAAGAAGUUUGUGUAUUAUGUAAAACGAUAUGAGAGACUUGUUUGGUAUAUUACUGAAGUAAACGGCGUUUUCAACCCAUCGAUGACAUUUCAGUUCCUGACGUCAUCAAUCACCAUGUGCAUAGUAAUUUAUGAGAUGAGCGAGACUUCUGUACUUUCUAUGGAAUUUAUAUUUCUAAUGGUAUUGCUUGUUAUUCUGUUGAUUCAAGUAUUUCUUUACUGUUAUUAUGGAAAUCUGGUGAGGCAUGAGAGCGAGUCAAUGAACACAUGUUUGUACGAAAGCGAGUGGACGUCGUCAUCUCCUCGGUUCCGUCGGGCGAUGCUGAUUGCCAUGGCGCGGUGGUCAAAGCCUAUGACCACGCGAGUGGCUCGAAUCAUACCGUUGGCUCUUGACACUUUUAUUUCUAUCAUAAAAUUUUCGUACACACUGUAUACAGUGAUGUCAUCAAACAAGGAUAAAUAAAAUAUCUAAGGUACAAUAAGUAUAUAACUAAAUAGUUACUUAGUAAACACUAUUCUAUCUCAUAAAUGUUUCAAUAAAUAUAUAAACUUCGAA